UAUCCCAAGCUAAACGACGUUGAGAGGGUACGGCAACGUAAUAACACUCAAGUAACAGGGGUAUAUCAGUCAAAUACAAUCCUCAGACCACUCCUCAACGUCAACUUGCGUGUCUUCUUCUUUUUUUUUUCUUCGAAUUGAACAUCUCCGAAAAGAGAAAAACAAAAAAAAUUACUCAUCUGGGAGGAUAUGGAGAAGAAGCUUCACCUACAUACAACAUUAAAGCAUUAACAACAAUAGCAACUUAAAGCUUCUGUGAUUCUUCUCCGUUUCGUCGCUUAAUAAUACUAGCGACGAUUUCAAUCCUUAUCCUCUAUAAUUGAAACCAGGAAGAGGAAUCAACAUGUCGGAUGCUUUGAUCAAUGGAUUGGCUGGAGCUGGUGGUGGGAUCAUUGCUCAGCUUCUCACUUAUCCUCUUCAAACUGUAAAUACGCGCCAACAAACGGAGCGGGAUCUGAAAAGGGAGAAGAAGAAACUUGGAACUAUCGAACACAUGUGUCAGGUUGUCAAACAAGAGGGAUGGGAGCGAUUAUACGGUGGUUUGGCGCCGUCUCUCGCUGGAACGGCUGCAUCACAGGGUGUGUACUACUACUUCUAUCAAGUGUUUCGGAAUCAAGCUGAAGCUGCAGCUCUUGCUAGAAGUAAGAAAGGGUUGGGUGACGGAUCAGUUGGGAUGUUUUCUUCACUUUUAGUGGCUGCCUUCGCUGGAUCUGUUAAUGUUCUUAUGACGAAUCCAAUUUGGGUGAUUGUUACACGCAUGCAGACCCACAGGAAAAUGACAAAAGAUCAAACAGCUGCCUCCGAGUCACCUUCUUCUGAUGCAGAAGCUCUGGUUGCAGUUGAGCCGCGUCCAUAUGGAACCUUUAAUACGAUUCGAGAGGUUUACGAUGAAGCUGGAGUGACUGGCUUCUGGAAAGGUGUAAUUCCAACACUGAUCAUGGUAAGUAAUCCGUCAAUGCAAUUUAUGUUGUACGAGACAAUGUUAACCAAGCUGAAGAAAAAGCGUGCAUUGAAGGGUAGCAACAACGUUACCGCUUUGGAGACAUUUCUUCUUGGAGCUGUGGCUAAACUCGGAGCUACAGUCACAACUUAUCCUCUCUUAGUUGUAAAGUCGCGACUUCAAGCCAAACAGGUCACAACAGGGGACAAAAGACACCAAUACAAAGGAACGUUGGACGCAAUCCUGAAAAUGAUUCGAUACGAAGGGCUUUACGGGUUUUACAAGGGGAUGAGCACAAAGAUUGUGCAAAGCGUAUUAGCUGCUGCGGUUCUAUUCAUGAUCAAGGAAGAGCUUGUGAAAGGAGCUAAGUUGUUGCUCUCAAACGCGACCACUAGCAAAAUCAAGUCCAAGCCUUCUUGAAUUAAAAAAACGCUUUCCAACUAGCAUUUUUAGAUAUAUAAGAUUGAAAUAAAUAAAAAUAGAUCAAAUCUCCAGUAGUUUCUUGAUUAAAUUAUAACACUAUUGGGAUUGUCGUGCAUUUCCAUAAUGAUUGCAAUUGAGUAUUGUAUUUUCUGCAAGAUUACUGGAUUUGACGGUUUUAUACAUUUUAAGUUUCUUA